AUGGCAGAAAAUAGGACUAUUACUGUGGUGUCAACUCAAUCUAAAUUGGUUGAUUUGGUGUUGGCACCUGAUGGGUCUAAUUUUGGGGAAUGGAAGUUUUUAGUUGAAGUGAACUUGAAGGGUAUGGGUAAAGCUGGACAUUUAACUGGAACAUGUCCGGCGGACCCUACCGAAGCCCAAGCGUGGCAGAAAGAUGAUGACGCCCUAUUUUCGCGUAUAAUAAAUUGUAUUGAUAGGAAGAUAAUUCUAUCUUUACAGCACUGGUGGGACAUCAGGGAUUACUAUUAUGACUUCAAGAAUGUGAGAGAGGCAUUGUGUGCUGCUAUGCCAUUUAUUGAUGAAGUGGAUAAAAUGAAAAAACAACGUGAUCAGUUGCAUAUUUUUUGUUGGAUUUCUGGGUUGGAUAAGGAGUAUGAUGUUUUGAAAUCACAAUUAUUGGGGAAUAAGGAAUUAGACUCGCUCGACCAAGUUUUUUCUAUGGUUCAAAAUGCAUCAGUGAACCUUGGUACUGAUAGUACGUUGGAGAAACAAGUCUUUUUCUCACAGGGAGAUAGUGGGAUUGAUAGUGCCAACAGUCGAGGAGGUCGGUCCAGGGGACGAGGUAGAGGGCGCGGAGGAGGUCGAGGGCAAAGGGCUUGCUAUAAUUGUGGUGAUCCCGGUCAUCUGCGUAACCAAUGCCCACAGCUCUUCGACCAUAUGAGAUUUGCUAAUUCUGCCUCUAGACCAGAAGGGACGGUUAUGAUAAUUGAAGAAGAAAUGGCUUUGUUUAAUCAGUUAAAGCUGUCUUCCUCGCAGUCUCCCGCUAGUCCAGGGUCAUUUCCAUCUCCGUCAGCUACCUUUGUUCAAACAGGUAAUCCUAUUGCUUGUGUUUCCUCCUCGUCUCGACAGUGGGCCAUUGAUUCUGGAGCCAGUAACCACAUGUCAGAUGGUUCAUCCACCUCUGUUUUAAGUAAAGGUAGUGUGAAUGAUCUGUUGACGAAGACGAUUAUUGGUAAAGGGAAGGAGGUCGGUGGGCUGUACGUGUUAGAACGGCUGUCCAAAGAUUCUGGAGGUGUUUCGGUUGGUUUAUUGGGAAAUAUGUCUCCGUUGCAGUUGCACUCCCGGUAUGGUCACCCGCCUUUGUCUGUCUUAAAGAAGUUGUGUCCGGGGUUAGAAUCUUUGUCUAGCUUGCAAUAUGAUUUCUCUAGACACACUUGGCUAUACCUCAUGAAAUCUAGAGAUGAGUUGUUUGGGAUCUUUUGUAAUUUCUGUGCGAUGGUCAAAACUCAGUUCAAUAAAAUGAUACAGGUUUUGCAGAGUGAUAAUGGGACUGAGUAUUUUUCUCGUUCCUUCUCGAGUUAUAUGAGUCAGAAUGGGAUGAUACAUCAAUCGUCUUGUGUCAGCACUCCCCAACAGAAUGGUGUGGCAGAACGUAAGAACCGACAUCUGUUGGAGGUUGCUAGGGCCUUGUUGUUUCAAAUGAAAGUCCCUAGGGUUUACUGGGCAGAUGCUGUUCAUACAGCGUGUUUCUUAAUAAACCGCCUACCUACAAGGGUCCUUGGGGGUCAAAGUCCUUGUCAUUUCAUCUAUCCGUCCAAACCGUCGUUCUGUCUUCCUCCUAAAGUGUUUGGGUGUACGUUUUUUGUCCAGGAUGUUCGUCCUCAAAGAGGGAAACUCGAUCCUAAGUCAUUAAAAUGUAUUUUCCUGGGAUAUUCAAGUACUCAAAAAGGGUAUCAAUGUUACUCCCCGGAUUUGGGGCGAUACUUGGUUUCUGCAGAUGUCUCAUUCUUCGAGAAUACUUUAUUCCGUGAGGAGCUCCCUGGUUCGUCUGGUUGUAGUUCUGAGAUAGAUGAUUUUCUGACUUAUGUUGUUACUAUCCCUGACUCCGUAGGAGUGGAGUCUAGGCCUCCUGUUACGCAGGUUUAUCACAGGCGGCCCAGAGAAGUUGAUACGCAUGCAGCCCCACCGGUUCCACCAGUAAAUCCUCCCUUACCAGAAUCUUCGUCGAUAGACCAGGAUGUUCCUAUCGUCGUUCGGAAAGGUACGCGUCGUUGUGUUCGUCCCAUUCCGUCCUUUGUGUCAUAUACCAAUUUAUCGGCGUCUUCACGUGCUUUAUGUCCCAGUUAG